AUGACAUUGCUAGAGAUGCAAGAAAAUGUGCUACAAAGGUUUUCAGUUAGUGUAUCUGUUGGGCAAUGCCAAAGAGUAAGGGAUAUUGCAAUGGGGAUAAUAGAAGGGAAGUUAGAAGACCACUAUGCCAAGGUUUGGGAGUAUGCAACUGCAAUUAGGUUGAGUAAUCCAGGUACAACUUUCUUGGUGGGGGUAGAAAGUAAUAUGGGGUGUAACUAUUUCAAAAUGUUUUAUGUUGAAUUCAAGGCUUUCAUAGAUGGAUGGAAUAGACGAUGUGGAAGGGUAAUAGGACUAGAUGACAACCAUGUCUACCCAAUAGCAUGGGAAGUUCUGAAUGUUGAAAAUAAGGACAAUUGGACCUGGUUCAUUAAGAAUUUGGUUGCUGAUUUGGAUCUUGGUGCUGGUAAUGAACUGGUUGUUAUCUUAGAACAACAUAAGGGACUUCUACAGACUGUGGCAGACCUACUCCCCCAUGUUGAGCACAGAGAAUCAGUAGAGAAUGGGGUAGCAGAAUGCUUCAAUGGCAUGAUCAACGAAAUAAGGAAGAAGCCUCUACUCAAAAUGCUUGAGGAAAUAAGGAUUCUCCUUAUGAAAAGGUUUUUUCAUCAAGGUCAAGAGGUAGCAAAAUGGAGGGGUAAUUAUGGGCCUAACAUACAACUAAAGCUUGAUGAAUAUGGGAAAGAUAUGAGGUUGUAG